GGGACAUGAGGUGGAUACUGUUCUUUGUGACCCUUAUUGGGUCAAGCAUGUGUGGCCGAGAAAAAUUUUUUGGGGACCAAGUUUUUAGGAUUAAUGUCAGAAAUGGAGACGAGGUCAGCAAACUGACUCAACUAGUGAAUUCGGACAACUUUAAGCUCAACUUUUGGAGUUCUCCCUCUACCUUGGGCCGGCCUGUGGAUGUCCUGGUUCCGUCUAUCAGUCUACAGCCAGUCAAAUCCUUCCUGAAGUCCCAAGGCUUGGAGUACUCAGUGACAAUUGAUGACCUGCAGAUUUACCAAGAGAUGGACAACAUUGCCACAGAUUUCCCUGACCUGGCAAGCAGGGUGAAGAUUGGACAGUCAUUUGAAAACCGGCCGAUGUAUGUCCUGAAGUUCAGCACAGGAGGCGAGCAGCGACCGGCCAUUUGGCUCAAUGCAGGCAUCCAUUCCCGCGAGUGGAUCUCACAGGCCACUGCCAUCUGGACGGCGAGGAAGAUUGUGUCUGAUUAUGGGGAGGAUCCAGCUGUGACCUCCAUCUUGGAGAAAGUGGAUAUUUUCUUGUUGCCUGUGGCCAAUCCUGAUGGAUAUGUGUACACACACACUCAAAACCGAUUAUGGAGGAAGACACGGUCCCUGAAUCCUGGAAGCCGCUGUGUUGGCACUGAUCCAAAUCGAAACUGGAAUGCGAGUUUUGCAGGAGAGGGAGCCAGUGAUAACCCUUGCUCUGAAGUGUACCACGGCCCCCAUGCCAAUUCUGAAGUGGAGGUGAAAUCGGUGGUAGAUUUCAUUCAAAAGCAUGGAAAUUUCAGAUGCUUCAUCGACCUGCACAGCUACUCACAGCUGCUGAUGUAUCCCUAUGGAUACACUGUCAAGAAGGCCCCAGAUGCUGAGGAGCUGGACGACGUGGCGAGGCAUGCCGCUGCAGCUCUGGCUUCCCUUUCAGGCACUAAGUACCAAGUGGGCCCAACCUGCACCACCGUGUAUCCAGCUAGUGGGAGCAGCAUCGACUGGGCAUAUGACAAUGGCAUCAAGUAUGCAUUCACAUUUGAGUUGAGAGAUACAGGACAUUAUGGCUUCCUUCUUCCGGCCAACCAGAUCAUCCCCACCGCAGAGGAGACCUGGCUGGGGCUGAAGACCAUCAUGGAGCACGUGCGGGACAACCUCUACUAGACAAGGAGCCCCCUCUGUCUACAUUUAUUUGUCCCAUAAGCACACCAACUGAGGCCACUCUUAAAGAGCUCAUUCCUUCAUGUGUGAGUCAGAGCGCUCUGGCUUGGUAGAGAACACAGGCCAGCCCUCUGCAGCCCCGCUCCCUG